AUGAAUGCAAUUGCUGGAGUGAAGAAUUAUCUAGAGAAAAUCAUCUCGAAUCCACAUUUGGAAGGAAUGAAGGUCCUUCUGUUAGAUGCGAACACUACGAGUAUCAUUAGUAUGGUCAUGUCUCAGUCUCAUAUAUUACAGCGUGAAGUUUUUCUUGUUGAACAAUUAGAUGCAGUACACGAGCAAAUGUUGCACCUUAAAGCUGCCGUUUUUGUUCGUCCGACAGCUCAUAACGUGGAAUUACUGAUUCAAGAACUCAAGUCACCUAAAUACGGUCAAUAUCACUUGUUUUUCUCCAAUAUUUUGCCUGUUGAAGCGCUUGAAAAACUUGCUGAAGCUGAUAAAAACGAACUUGUGAUGCAGAUUCAGGAAUAUUAUGCUGAUUAUUUGGCAGUUAAUGAUUCGCUCUAUGAAUUUGGUCUACACAACUCAAUUCAGCUUAGUGUCAAGAUGCCCAUUGCUUCACCUGGAGGAUCUCACUUGUCCACCACAACAGCAGGAGUUCUAACGACAGAUGGCCCAGUGGAUAAGACCAUAAUGAACCCAGCUCAAUUAUUUCAAAAAAGUGUUGAGGGAUUGCUGUCUGUGCUUCUUUCGAUGAAAAAGAGACCAUUGAUACGAUACGCAAAGGGAUCAGAAGUCGCCGAGAAACUGGCGCGGGAAGUAUCGGCGAGGAUGCAAUUGGAGCAAGAUGGACUAUUUGAUUUCAGACGACCAGAAGUGACCCCGUUAGUUUAUGUUUUGGAUCGCAAGGACGACCCUGUGACGCCGUUGCUUACUCAAUGGUGCUACCAAGCCAUGGUGCAUGAAUUGCUCGGUUUGCACGAAAACCGCGUGGAUCUCCGUGGUGUGCCUAAUGUUCCCAAAGACAUGAUGGAGCUUGUGCUAUCGACGACCUCUGAUGAUUUUUUCGCAGAACAUGUGCACGCUAAUUUUGGCGACCUAGGAAUGGCGGUUAAGCAACUUGUAGACAAGUAUCAGGCUCAAACACAGACGCACGAGAAUAUUCAGUCGAUCGAUGACAUGCAGCGGUUUUUGGAAAAUUACCCGGCCUUUCGAUCUCAAUCGGUGACGGUAUCGAAACACGUGACUUUGAUGGGUGAACUGGCACGUCGUGUACAAGUGGACAAACUCAUGGAUGUGAGUCAACUGGAACAGGAGCUUGCAUGUGGAGAUGACCACAAUGCCCAUUUUCGCGAUGUGGUGGCAAAGUUGAAGGAUGCACAAGUGAAGCCGAGCAACAAGCUACGACUGGCCAUUUUGUAUGCGUUACGGUACGAGACUCAUAGUUCAGUUCAGUUGAAAACAGUCAAAGAUCUGUUGGCAGCUCCUCAUGGUGGUGGUCUACCUUUUGAGCGCGUUGAAUUGAUUGACGCAUUCCUGAAGUUUGGCGGGAUAAAGUCUCGCCAAGGCGACUUGUAUGGAGACCGUGCUGGAUUAAAAAAGUUCAUGCGUGCGGUGACGCAGGGAGUCCAAGGUGUUCCGAACGUAUAUGCGCAACACGUUCCACCACUUGCCGAGAAACUGGAGUUAAUUUUGAAGGGCCAGUUGCUAGACCACGAGUUUGGCGUUGUCAAUGGCGGUGCUGGUGCUGCAACAUUUACAGAUCUCAACGGAAACAACGGAGUAAAGCGAGUGCGUGAUGUGAUUCUGUAUGUGUGUGGCGGUGUCACUUUUGAGGAGGCCAUGAAGGUGGCUGAGAUGAACCAGAAGGCGGUUUCGUCGAACUCAGGCCAGCGCAUUCUGCUUGGUGGGUCCUGCAUUCAUAAUUCGACAAGCUUCCUAGAUGAGGUGGCGAUGGCGUAUGACUUAUCUCCUACGCACAGCCAUGGAGGGACAAAUAACAAGUGGAAGUACGAUGGUAAGAGCUCUAGCUACACCUUAUUUGUUUAA